UCCUCUCUCCGCUGCAGCCCGGGAUGGCGCCGCGGCGGGGCUGAGCUCCCGGGCCGGGCCGGGCCGGGCCGGGGCCGCCAUGGACAGCCCGAGCGGGGGCUGCCCGCCCUCCGCCGCCCCGUCGCGGGCGAAGCUGCCGCUCGGCAUCGUCUUCUCGACGGCGCUGUUCUGCGGGGAGGGGGCGGCGGCCGCCGUGCUCUGCCUCUCCUACGGCCAYUCCGACGACCGCUUCUGGCUGGCGCUCACCGUGUUCUUCGUGCUCUGCCCGUCCGUCCUGGUGCAGCUCACGCUCAUCUUCGUGCACCGCGACCUCAGUCGCGACCGCCCGCUGGUCCUGCUCAUGCACCUGCUGCAGCUCGGGCCCAUCAUCAGGAGCGAGACUCAGUUGGGAUUAUGGGACAUGGAGGAGAAGAGCCAGGUGCAGGAACGAGAACAGGGGCCACUGGACCGUGUUGGAAAGAGGACAACAGAGCCAAGCACGCAGGUGUGCUCCUGUGCCAUUCCAAUCUCAGCGUGGGUGAAGGAGCUGCCCUCACCCACCCGCUGUCCCAGCAGUGCUGGCAGCCCAGACCCUGUCAUCUGUGCCCACAGCAGCUGCAUGGGAAGGGAAGCACAGGAGAUGCCCCACAGAAAUCCCCUAAUAGCCCCCAGCCCCUGCAAAGGCAUUUUGGGGAAUUGGAGCAGCACAGGAAGGAUGAGCCCUGGUGCUGCUCUAGCAAUUGGUGCAGGCAGCAAACACCAAAUGAUGUUUUGGGUGAUUCCCUCGAGCUGGACUGUCUCAGCUCAGCCCCUCAGCUGGCAGCCAGCAUGGAUGGGACCAGCUGCACUCUUCUAUUUUCCUCYGUGGUGUUCCUGGCUGUGCUCAAUGGGAGCAGCUGCUGGCUUUCCCWACAAAUGGCCUUGUCUUUGCUGCCCUGAGAUGGGGCUGGCUCUUGGGACGCUUCUGGGGCUCCAGUGGUGUGGCUCUUGGCUGUGCCCAGCUCUCCAGCACUGCCUGACCCUGCUCUCUCCCUCUGCAGCUGUGCUCAUGGCCAUCUGCCUGGUGUCAGUCACCUACGGGGCGUUGGUCUGCAACAUCUUGGCCAUCCAGGUCAAGUACGAUGACUACAAGGUGCAGCUGCGGCCSCUGGCCUUCCUGUGCAUCGUGCUGUGGCGCAGCCUGGAGAUCUCCACCCGCAUCGCCGUCCUGGUGCUCUUCAGCACCGUCUUCAAGCACUGGAUCAUCCCCAUCGCCCUGGCCAACCUGCUGGUGGUUUUCUUCCUGCCCUGGGUGCAGUUCUGGCGCAGCGGCAGCCGCCUGCCCGACAACGUSGAGAAGAACUUCAGCCGCCUGGGCACGGUGGUGGUGCUGUGCGCCUUCACCCUGCUCUACUCCAGCAUCAACAUGUUCUGCUGGUCGGCCGUGCAGCUCAAGCUGGCCGACAGGGACCUCAUCGACAAAUCGCAGAACUGGGGCCGCCUGGCUGUGUACUACGUGGCCCGGCUGGCCGAGAACACGGCCCUCGUCAUCCUCUGGUACUUCUUCAAGACUGAUGUCUACGAGAACGUCUGCACCCCRCUGCUGGUGGUGCAGCUGCUCGUUGGCUACUGCCUGGGCAUCUACUUCAUGCUCAUCUUCUUCCAGUACCUGCACCCGUGCCGCCAGCUCUUCCAUCACAACGUGGCUGAUUUCCUGCACUGCGUGUGCUGCCGCCGGCACCCUCCAGGGACCCCUCUGUGCCUCGAGGUGCCCUGCGAGCCCGGCGUGAGGCACAGCAUCGUCUGAGCAGCAGCUCCUCCUGACACCCACGGACAUGGGCACGGGCAGCUCCAUGCAGCACAGGAUGCUCGUGACACAGGCCAAGUGCUGCAGUGACAGCAGGUCCCAGUGCAUCCCCAGGGACAGGGGACACGAGUGUGCUUGCCUGCCCAGGACCCUCAAAUGAACGUGAAGGAGGYUUGGUUUGGAUUAGACAGAAGGAGGAAGUUUUUUACAAUGGUGGUGGUGAGGCACUGGUACAUGUUGCCCAGAGAAAUGGUGGAUGUCCCAUCCCUGAAAACAUUCAAGGCCAGGCUGGAUGGGGCUCUGUGCAACCUGGGCUAGUAGAAGAUGUCCCUGCCCAUCUCUAGAGCUGGACUAGAUGGCCUCUAGAGGUCCCUUCCAACCCAAAGCAUUCUACGAUUGUAUGAUUGUAGGACUUACAGCGUGCCCAGACCACCAGGCACUGGCACGUGGUGCCCACUCAGCCCCUGGGGCUCCCCAACACCCCUCUCCUGCUGUGGUGCACAUGGUGACCUCGGACC